AUGCAGCCCGUGAACAAGAAACCUACAAAUCAAAAUGAAAAGGAAAAACCGUCCUGCUUCUGCUCCAGCAUCUCAGUACGCGGCGUCGACGAGCGCCUGGCGGUGCAGCUCGUUGUCGUUAUCGUCGCGGCUUAUGGAGCGGCGGCGGGCGUACGCGCGGCGCAGCCAGGCGACGUGGGAGGCGAGCGCGCCGCAGACGACGACGCAGACCUCCGGCAGGUUGCGCGGGAGCGGCAGCCAGAGGUUGAGCGGCCACAGCAGCGGCGCCGAGACCUGGAACACCUGCACGAAACCCUUGGCCGCCAUGAACGCCAGCAGGUGGAUCGCCAUCGCCGCCAACAGGAGCUAGCCCGAGUGCCCGACGGAUCGUCGCUCGCUGGGUGUGGGGCAAGGAGGAAAUGUGUUGAUUCAGAAUGGUGCUAUGUCGCUGCCGUGGUGGCGCGGUUUUGCUUUUGCCGGUGGUGGGGCGGGGCGGGGCGGGAGGUUGCGGCCUUCCCCGGGUGCGAGCGGGAAGAUCAUUUUAUAUUGUUUUUUUAG